AUGGGAAACUGUAACGCCUGCGUUAGGCCAGAGCCUGAACAGGAAAACUCGCAUAACAAGAAGAAAAAGAAGGUCCCACGGGAGAGGAAACCCAACCCUUAUGCCGGAGGAGAUUCCAUUCUCUCGCCUGCUCCGAUUCGGGUCCUCAAGGAUGUCAUCCCGCUCAGUCACCGGACCCGAAUCUCCGACAAGUACAUACUGGGUCGCGAGCUCGGUCGUGGGGAGUUCGGGAUCACGUACCUCUGUACAGACCGCGAGACUCGCGAACCGUUAGCCUGUAAAUCGAUCUCUAAACGGAAGCUCAGAACGGCGGUUGAUAUCGAAGAUGUGAGACGCGAGGUUGCUAUAAUGUCUACUUUGCCUGAUCACCCGAACUUGGUGAAGUUGAAAGCGACGUACGAGGAUAACGAGAAUGUGCAUUUGGUGAUGGAGUUGUGCGAGGGAGGAGAGUUGUUUGAUAGGAUAGUCGCGAGGGGACAUUAUAGCGAGAGAGCGGCGGCUGGAAUUGCUAGGACGAUAGCGGAGGUAGUGAGGAUGUGCCAUGAAAAUGGCGUGAUGCAUAGAGACUUGAAGCCUGAGAACUUUCUUUUUGCAAACAAGAAGGAGAAUUCGGCUCUCAAGGCCAUUGAUUUUGGCUUGUCCGUGUUUUUCAAGCCUGGGGAGAGGUUUACAGAGAUUGUUGGGAGUCCAUACUACAUGGCGCCAGAGGUUCUGAAGCGAAAUUAUGGACCUGAGGUUGAUAUAUGGAGUGCUGGAGUGAUUCUUUAUAUUCUGCUAUGUGGAGUUCCUCCAUUUUGGGCAGAAACUGAGCAAGGUGUUGCACUUGCAAUCUUGAGGGGUGUUCUUGAUUUUAAGAGGGAACCAUGGCCACAGAUUUCAGAGAGUGCUAAGAGUCUUGUAAGGCAGAUGUUGGAGCCUGAUCCGAGAAAGCGUUUAACUGCUCACCAGGUGCUUGAACAUUCCUGGUUACAAAAUGUUAAGAAAGCUCCAAAUGUUCCUCUGGGAGAUAUUGUAAGGUCAAGGUUGAAGCAAUUUUCGGUGAUGAAUAGAUUCAAAAAGAAAGCUCUGAGAGUGAUCGCAGAGCACUUAUCCGUUCAGGAGGUAGAGGUAAUCAGAGAUAUGUUUACAUUGAUGGAUACGGACAGUGAUGGGAAAGUAACAUAUGAUGAACUGAGGGCUGGGCUUCGGAAAGUUGGUUCACAAUUGGCUGAACCAGAGAUAAGGAUGAUGAUGGAAGUGGCUGAUGUGGAUGGGAAUGGAGUUUUGGAUUACGGAGAGUUUGUAGCAGUCAUAAUUCACUUGCAGAAGAUGGAGAAUGAUGAACAUUUCCGCAGAGCAUUUAUGUUUUUUGAUAAAGAUGGAAGUGGAUAUAUUGAGUUAGCUGAGCUACGGGAAGCUUUGGCCGAUGAGUCAGGUGAAACAGAUGAUGCUGUCCUGAAUGACAUCAUGCGAGAAGUUGACACAGACAAGGAUGGAUGUAUCAGUUAUGAGGAGUUUGUUGCAAUGAUGAAAGCGGGAACUGACUGGAGAAAAGCAUCUAGGCAGUAUUCGAGAGAGAGAUUCAAGAGUUUAAGCCUCAACUUAAUGAAGGAUGGUUCUUUACAUCUCCAUGAUUCAGUAACUGGCCAAUCCAUCGCGGUAUGAGGUUCUGUGGUUUUGUUUUCCUUUAGCUUUCUAAGUCUCCCCUCCCCGCCCCUGCCACAGACAGCCUUGGCGAGUUCUUCGUACAAGGAUUGCUGCACACGGGAUAAAUGAAACUGAGCUGGGCACCCAAAAGAAGCAUUUUGUGAAUUACAUUUGUUGGUUUUGCUUCCCGUUCGGCUGCAAGAAGUGUUAACUGAAUGGGUGACUGGAUAUUGGUUAUCAUAUUUUCUGGGGGCACCAGUUCUUAAAUAUGUUUCACAUAUUACUUUGUAUAUUUGUCAUGUGAUCAGUGUUUUGACAGUUCAAUAUGUAUUUGAACUUCUCAAGCAUUGUGCAGAAACCCUACUGAGAACAUAUCAAGUUUGAGGAAGUUUAUUUUGUUUGCUUUGCAGUUACUAAACCCAAUCUUAAAAUUCCGAAA